AAACAACGCGCGCAUCUAUGUUCAGCAUUCACACUUGUUGAAAAAGUAAAGAGAUAAUCACAAUGGUGGAGUGGUCGGAUUCCGAGCGCAACACUAUUGCGAGUGUCUGGGGCAAAAUCAACGUCGAUAAAAUCGGACCCCAGACUCUGGCAAGAGUGCUGAUUGUAUAUCCCUGGACACAGAGGUAUUUCGGUUCCUUUGGAAACCUUUCCAGCGCGUCUGCAGUUCUGGGCAAUCUCAAGGUGGCAAACCAUGGGAAAACCGUGUUAAAUGCAUUAGACAAAGCCGUGAAGAACUUGGAUGGCAUCAAAGGCACUUACUCUGAGCUCAGCCAGCUGCACUGCAACACACUCAACGUUGAUCCAGACAACUUCAGGCUGUUGGCCGACUGUCUCACCAUUGUCGUUGCGACUUCAUUUGGAUCCGAGUUCAACCCCGCUGUUCAGGCCACCUAGCAGAAAUUCCUGUCCGUCGUUGUGGCCGCUCUCUCCAGCCGUUACUACUGAAGAUCCCUGCCUCAAUCAUGAUUC